AUGACUGACGAUCGUGGCCUGAAGCGAACCUCGACGAAUAGAUCGCCAGAGGUGACACUAUCGCGACAGAUCACAUUUCCAGCACACGCGGACAAGAAGGCUACAGCUUUAGGACCCAAUUUUCCUGGUUUCGUAAGAGCUACAAGAGGCCAAGCACCCCACCUUCCCUCCUUCUCCCAUCAGGUGGUGGCAGUGUUGGAGAGAGCGCGCAUGCUGGAGGAUGCGGUGAUGACUGCCGUGCCCGAUGCUGUCAUGGCAGCGCGCAUGCUAGAAGACGCAGUGAUGACUGCUGUGCCCGAUGCAGUCAUGGCAGCAGCCGCUGCUCACUCCACCAACCCUGCCAUUCUUGCUGACGACCUUGGGCUCAUUGUAGAGGGAGUGUUACAGCGUCUGUUGUGUGUGCAAUGGAGCGACCCCGUGCUGAUAGAGCUGCACGCACACCUGCUGGACGCACUAGGUCCCUUCCUCAAGCACUCCCCGCCCGCUGCCGCCCUCGUCAUUCCAAAGCUGUUCGACCUCCUCAGCUCUCUGCCGCCCACCCCCCUGGGAGUGGAGCCCAUGCUGCGCCCAGAGCGCAGUGAGGACCGCCUGCCUCGCCUGCAAGUGUGCACAUCCAUCCUCAGAGUGGCGCGCGCUGCUGACGUUGCCCUUGUACCGAUGCUCAAGGUGCGUUGCACGGUACCCGGUAUCGCCUCAGACAAGGCAGUGAAGUUUCUCUCUGCUAUAUCUCUCCUUCCCCGCUUCCUCCCCCCUCCUCCCGCUCCCCAGUUGCUGCACUGCCUGCACGCUCUCUGGUCCCCUCAGGUGCUCGCCUCUCUUCCCCCUGCACUCGCGCCAGCACUGCUGGUGGGGCAGCAGGAGAAGGCGGCAGUGCUGGGGCAGGCAGGAGCGUCAGGCAAGCAGGAGGGCGUGCCGCUGCUGCUGGGGGGAACCGGGGGAGGUGGGGGGGCGUGGGGAGGCGGAGGGGGAGGCGGAAGGAUGGGAGGAGGAGCGGGGGAGAGGCAGCGGGAGGCUACGGCUUUGGCAAUGAGGCGGAAUUGGCUCAAAUGUGUGCGGGAUAACAGUUAUGGCUUCCUUGGCAUGGCAGCGGCAAACGCCCCAGCAGCCUUCUUCUCCCUUCCCGAGCCUCCUGUCCCGAACCUGCAAUCCCUAGGUUCGGUCUCGGCCCAGCAACAGCAGUUCGUCCUGGAGGUUCGGGCCGCACUUGCUGAUUCCGUGGCUAGCAUGGAGGCUCGGCACCUGCGCCUGCUGGAAAAGCUCAUUCUUCUCCCAUUGGUCAAAGCCUGUCCGCCGAGCCUCUAUCCUCUCUGGCUCGGCACGCUCCUGCCGCCGAUCCUGAUCCACUGCGACCAAUGGCUGACUGCCACGUGGCAGAGAUUCCUGCAAGAAGGGCUGUGCGGGGGAGGAGGGGGAGCGGAAGCGGCUGGGGGAAAAGCAACUGCUGCUGGUGUUGCUGGUGGAGUGAGUGGGGGUGGUGAAAGUGAGAAGGAGAGGAGAGGAGGGCUGAAAGAUGAGCUGUUUAACGAGAAGAUUCUAAGGGACCUCACAAGAGAGACUUGCGGCCUGUUGGCUCUCUUCCCUGUCUUGCCUCAGUCGUCCUCGUUACAAGCUGCCUCGAUUCAAGCCACGGCUUCUGCGCUAAUGGCUGGAGUCUCUGGUGGUGGUGGCAUUGUGGGUGCUGCUGCUGCUGCUGCUGCUGGUGCUGCUGGUGGUGAUGAGAGGAUGGACAUGCAUUCGGUGGCAACUGCGGCUAACAGCUUGUUGCACUUCCUGCUGCAGCACCACCCGGAGGCAGCAGCAGCGUGCAUCAGGGUGGCAAUGGCAGCGAUGGACUGGCCUGACAGCGAUGCCUCUCACAAGGCUGUGCUCUUCAACUCCGGCCUCGUGCACAUGCCGGAGCUGCUCGCCGAGCCUGCUGCCCCGGCUUCCGAGCCUCCAGCGCAGCUUCGGGAGAUGGUCGGCCGGACCAUGUUUGCAGCGGCGGUGCAGGCGCUGACUCUGGAGUCUAAUGCGGGGAUCCAGGCGCAUAUUGUGGCAUUGUUGAGGGAUAUUUACCUUCGUCUGGGUCCCAUCACCUCUGCUCCUAGAGAGGUGCUCCUCUCACUCUCCAUUCCACCCGAGGCCCUUGCUUCUUUUGAAGCUGCCCUCAAGAGUACGGGCAGUGCCAAGGAGCAACGGGCAGCCUUCAGAACUUUGCUCACAGGCGUGGCUGGCGGUCAGCUGAAAGCUUUUUCUGCCCAGAAGAAUCCCACGACUAUCUCAAACGUCUCAGGGGUAAUAAGAAGCACAUCUAAUCCAAAUUCGUCUUCCAUCGAUCAAUCUGCACCUCCGACGAACCGCGAGAUGAGCGACGCAGCGACGGUAACGGGUCAGCAUGUAGAAGGAGAAGCGAGGCAGCCGAAUCCGGAUGACACGUGGCAAAAGCUCAUUCGCCAGCUGGAGGACUGUUUUUCGGAUGAGAAAGCCCCCUGGAUUCUCCCUCUGCGGCCGCACUUCACGGCUGCUGCUCGUCGGGGCGACCCCUUCCUCUCCCUCCCUGCUGCCGUCUUCCCAGCCUUCGUGAAGAAGAGGGACGAGUACAUUCUGGAUCGAAUAGCGGAGGUGCUUGUAACGAGCUGGUCUGGGGGCGAGAGCAGCAACGGGUGCAGUGGCAGCAGUAGCAGCCGAGAGGGCGAUAGUAGCAGGGAGAAGAGCAGGAACACGAGAAGGGUGGUUGGUGCGGAUGCUGGUUCACUCGUCAUUUCCAAACUGCUGCACAAGCAUCAUCCUCACAUGCGCCUCUUCUCGCUCCUCCCAGCCUCCCUCUCACUCCCUCACAACAUCUCUCCGCCACCUACACAACCAUUAGUCUUACCAGUCCCUGGAGCAGAGACAGCAGCAACAGCUUCAGCACUACCUCCAAAUGCUACCACCAGCACUACUUGCAGCAGGGCGGCAGUGGACAGCGCGGCAACCUGCCAGCUGGCAGCGAAUGGUGCAGACACCUGCCAGCUGGCAGCGAAUAGUACAAACACAUGCCAGCUGGCAUCAAACAGCAACACAUCGACCCGCCAGCUGGCAGUGAACAGCAUGGCGAGCUGGCUGGCGGGGUGUGAGGUGCGGGGACCUGCAGUGGUGGCGGUGGUGGAGGCAUCUUGGAGCGAUGGGCGGAGGAGAGGGGAGAUGGAGGAGGAAGGGGUGACGGCGUGGGACGUGUACAGGGUAUCCCAGCAGCAGGGCAGAACACUGCCUCACAGUGCCUCAGAAGAGGUCUUCUCGGAAGGCAAGGGGGAAGUGUGCUUGGAGAGCAAGGAGUGUUUUGACUUUGAAUUUGGCCGCCGCUGUGUGGACGAGCGGAUCGAGGCUGUGAUUGGCCGCUUGCUGCCAGGUCAGACUGCUGACAUCAGCGUUCCGAUAAGAGGGCAUCUGCCGCCCUUCCCGGCUCUGGAGGCGAUUCAGCCUGUGACAGUCCCCUCGGCCCUGCGCUGGCGAGUCACCCUGCUCUCAGUGGCAGCAGCGGAGGAGGAGGAUCGCAUCGAUGCAGCCAUCUUCUCCCCCUCCCUCUCCAAGCAGCGCCUUGCCUUUGCUGCUGCACUCAUUUCAAAGCACGCUCCAGCUUUCCUGCUGGACGUUGGGUGCGGGUCCGCCUCUCUCUUUGACUACUUACUGUCUGCUUCAGCUGCAGCGAGCAAGGGCGGUGGCAAGGGCGGUGGCAAUGGAGGAAGCACUACUACUGGCUGUGACAACGGCAAUGGGGGCAACGUUGAGCCUUUUCAGUUGCCUGCGAGCAUGGUGGGGUUUGACAUCAGCCAGAAGGAGUUGGAGCGGGCUGGUCGGUCUAAACCCAACCCGUCGCCGUCAACCCUCCACUCCCGCUCACUCCUACAUCCCCUCUCUCCCAUGCCUCCCUGUCGCCCGCUUGAAUGGUAUCAGAGCCUUACUCGCACCAUCACCAGCCUGCAAGCAGCCACACAGGCUGCACCAGAAACAGCCUGCACUGCUGCAACAGAGGUGCAACCUGCACCAGAAACGACCUGCACUGCUGAAGCUCAGGUGCAACCUGCACUAGAAACGACCUGCACUGCUGCAACAGAGGUGCAACCUCCACCAGAAACGACCUGCACUGCUGCAACACAAGCAGCUUCAGCCCGGUUGGCGCUCUAUGCUGGCUCCCUUGCUGACGUGGAUGAUCGCAUGAAGGGUGCUGACGUGGCAAUUUGCUUGGAGGUGGUGGAGCAUUUAGAUGAGGAGCCACUAGCAGCCUUUGGAGCCGUGGUGUUAGGAGCACUCAGACCACGUGUUCUUCUCGUCUCCACGCCGAAUAUCGAACCCUCGGGUCGUCAGUUUGACCCGCACACUCCGCUUGAUCGUACCGCGUGUCGCGCUCUUGACCAGCAGAAACGCGGCUCGGCGUCACUAAGCGGUUCGGAUAAGCGACAAUUCGGCGUUGCAGCCGCGGCCGCCAUGACUGGAACGCCAGAAUCUGCUGUAGCGGGAACUGCAGUUCCCAUGGCGAAACUAUCUUGCCGGAUUGUGAAUACCGACGAACCCGUUAUCGUCCAGAUGCGUGACCUCAUGACGCUCAACCCUGACGUCAUGUCGCUGGGCCAGGGCGUGGUGUACUGGUUACCACCCGACGCAGUCCUGGCAGCGGCGCAGGCAGCGGUGCAUGACCCUGUGAGCAGCGGGUACGGUGUGGACGAUGGAACUAAGGAGCUCAGAGCAGCGCUGGUGGAGAAAGUCAAGGCGGAGAAUGGACUCAUGAAUUCCUCUAUCAUGGUCACUGCUGGGGCCAACCAGGCAUUUGUGAACGUGGUGCUGACCCUGUGUGAUCCGGACGACGCAGUGGUGCUCUUCAAGCCCUUCUACUUCAACCACCAGAUGGCGUUUCAGAUGACCGGCGUCACUGACAUUGUGUACGGCCCAUGUGACACUGACACCCUGCACCCCAGCGCUGAUUGGCUGGAGGAGGCGCUUAGUGGGAAGGAGGGCAGGAAGGUUCCCAAGGUGGUGGUGAUCACCAAUCCGAACAACCCCACCGGGACCUAUGUCCCUGAGGACUUAUUGCGGAGAAUCGCCGCUAUAUGUGAGAAGGCUGGCUCUUGGCUGGUGCUCGAUAACACCUACGAGUACUUCAUGUAUGAUGGUAACCGCCAUGUGUGCCUGGAGGCCCCUCACGUGCUCAACAUCUUCUCCUUCUCCAAGGCCUACGGCAUGAUGGGAUGGCGCGUUGGCUAU